AUGGCAGCUUCCAUUACUCAUUGUUUGCUUGAUUGGGGUUUGGAUAAUGUGUUUACCAUAACAGUUGAUAAUGCUAGUUCCAAUAGUGUUACUGUUAAAGAAAUAUCUAAGCAACUGACUAAUUGGGGAACUAACAUAAUGGAGGGUCAGCAUCUUCAUGUGAGGUGUAUGGCACAUAUUCUUAAUCUUAUUGUGCAAGAUGGGUUGAAGGAAGUUGGUCAGUCAGUCAAGCGAGUGAGGCAAGCCGUGAAAUACAUUAGACAAUCUCCUGCAAGAAUUAAAAAAUUUAAAGAAUGUUGUGAAUCUCAAUUGAUAACUUGUAAGAAAUCAUUAUGUUUAGAUGUUCCUACUAGGUGGAACUCUACAUACUUGAUGCUUGAUACUGCACAACACUUUGAACUUGCAUUUGAAAGAUAUAGUUUUUAUGAUAUUGGGUUUCUUGAUUAUCUCCGUACCCAUGAUUGUGAAGAUGGAACUAAAGCAGGUGUCCUCACUAGUGUUGAUUGGGAAAAUGUGAGGUCAAUGAUUAAGUUUCUUGAAACUUUUUAUACACUUACUUUGAAGGUCUCUGGUUCAAAGUAUGUUACAAAUAAUGUGCACUUUGUGGAAAUUGCUGAGCUUGAUCUUAUUUUGAAAGAGAUGACAGAAAAUGAAGAUUCUAAUUUGAAAAAAAUGGCAGAAAGUAUGAGAGACAAAUUCAGAAAAUAUUGGGGAGAACCAGAUAACAUGAACAAAAUGAUUUUUAUAUCAGCUGUGUUGGAUCCUCGAAACAAGCUUGAUUAUGUUCGUUUUGCAAUUGGUGAUAUGUUUGGAAAAACAAUUGGGGAGCCACUUGCUGAUGCAGUGGAUAAAUACAUGAAAGCUUUGUUUGAUCAUUAUGUUAAGAAAUCAUCAAAAUGUGAGCGGUGA